CACCACCAUCUCCUCCUCCACCCACUACCUCAUAAUAGCACCACCACCCACACCUUGAAUUACACAACCACCACCUACCAGCCGAUGAUACCACCACCAACUCCCGAAUACCACCGCCUCUACUACCUUGCAUCAUAACACCACCACAGCUCCAACCACCACCUGCCCACACUCUUUAACUCCCGCCAUCACCUCCUCCUUUCGAACACCGCCACCACCACCAACCAACCAUCGCCACCGCCGUCUCCAUCGCCAGGUUCUCCUCGCUGCUGGAGACCUGGGCUCCCAGCGCAGCAGUCCCCAUGGCCCGAUCCCCUCCGGGUGCUCUCACUGUGCCCACGGCCAUCCAAGCGCAGCCGGGAGGAGGGAACUCACCGCCGCAGUCUGAGCCGCCUCCAGUUAGGCACCACCACCACCAGCAGCAGCAGCAGCAGCCUCGCUCCACCAAAGGCGCGUCGAAGGCUCGCAGGGAUCUGAUCAACGCCGAGAUUCGGAGAAUCCGUGAGCUGCUGCCGCUGAGUGAUGCGGACAAAGCUCGACUCUCGUACCUGCACGUCAUGGCGCUGGCGUGCGUGUACACGCGGAGGGGACUCGCCUUCCCUGCGGGCUGGAGCGGAGAAGGAGCGAGGCGAGUUGGAGGAGAUGGAGAAGACUCUGCAUGGGGGGCAGUCGCUCCGGGAUGGAGCCACUCGCUGCCCGGCUUCGUGCUCGUGAUGACCCGGGAGGCACGCCUCAUCUACCUCUCGGACAACGUGAGCGACGUCCUGGGAUACUCCAUGGUGGACCUGGUCGCACAGGGGGACAGCUUCUACGACAUCGUCGACGAGGAGGACCGGGCGCAGGUGCAGGCCAAGCUGCAGGGGCACGGCGAGUGCACAGAGGUCUCCUUCGUGUGCCGCGUGAGUACGGCGAGGGCGCUCCGCCGGCAGGGCUCCAACCGCGCCCUUGCCGUGCGCUCGCGCUCGGCCCCCGCCCCGCCGGGCUGCGCGUGGCAGCAGCAGCAGCGGCGGCAGCUCCUGUGGCUGCUGUGCUGCCCGGCCGAGGACGUCAAUGCCGCCGGCUCUCAGCUGCGAAGUCGCCUCGCCGCCGCCGCCGCCUCCUCCUCCUCCUCGUCGUCGUCGUCUCCCCACGGCCACCAGCAGCAGCAGCUACUACAGCCGCAGCCGCAGCAGCGGUGGCAGGAGAAUGGCUUCGCGUCCAGUCACUCUCGAGACAUGCGCUGGAUCUCCGCCGAGCGCAGCGUGGUGUACCAUCUGGAGUACGAGGCCCAGGAGCUCGUGGGGAAGUCGUGGUACCAACUCCUGCACCCAGAGGACGUGGCCCACGCCACCUCCCAGCACAGCAUUUUGGUUCAGAGCCGCGACUCGUGUGAGGCGCGGAUGAUCGUUCGGCUGCAGAGGAAGAGCGGGGACUGCAGCUGGGUCCUGGUGACAGCUCAGCUGCAAGACGACGUCAUAUUUUGCGACAACCUCAUGAUCAGCGAGGCGGAGGCCACGAACCUCCGUGGUGCCGUCGGCCUGGCCCCGCGUCCCGUCGCGUUGGGCCCAUUCCACGGCGGCUUCGGGCCAUCGGCGGACGCCUUGGAAGAGCCGCCGAUCGGCCCCGCGGGCGUCGACGUGGCGGCCCCGCUGAUGGAGCCCCUGGCGGACACGCUGGCGGACACGCUGGUGGACGCGCUGGUGGACACGCUGGUGGACACGCUGUCGGAGACGCUGUCGGAGACGUUGGCGGAGACGAUGGCGGAACCGCUGAGCGUGCGGCUCACGGGGCACCAGGUCGAGACGUCGUCCAUCGUUUCCACCGCGGCGUCACUGCUGCUCGUGCCCUCCCCGGUUCCUCAUCAGACUGCGGCGCCCUGCACGGCCACCGCCGCCGCCCCCUCCUCCUCCUCCUCCUCGCCCCCCGACGUCGCCGAGAUCCUGCGCACCUUGGAGGUCGGCCUGCCCGGCUGCAGGAAGCGCAAGCGGUCCGAGGACAUCGCGAACCCUGCACGCCACCACCCCGAGAUGGGGCUCUACUGUCCACCCCAGCCCCUGCGGAAGAUUCGUCCUCAACUUCAUCAUCAGCAUCAUCACCACCAGCAGCAGCAGCAGCAUCAGUUCCAGACCCCAGUGUGGAGCGAGCGAAUGUUGGCAAGCGCGAAGCAUCAGCCGGAGUCGUCGCCCGGCGGGCUGCAGUGCACGCCGCCCUACACCCCGGAGAAGGCCUCCACCUUCCUGUUCAACCCGUGCGACGUGGCCGCCCGCCAGCAGAGCUUCGUGCCGCCCUCGCCGAGCCCCGGUGUGUACGAUCAGCUGCCCCCCACGCCCGACAGCCCCUUGACCUCCGCCGUGGCCUCGUGCCGCUCCCUGCCGCCCAUCAGCACCUUCGGGGGCGGGCGGCGAGCGCCGGGCGCGCCGCACGCCACCCGCGGCCCCCACGCGUACUCCGAGGCGGAGAGGGAGCACAUCAACGUGCUCGCGCGGCAGAUCAGCACGCUGGCCGAGACCUUCGACUCGUACAUGCGCGCCGCCGGCGGCGGCGGCGGCGGCGGCGGCAGAGGGACUCAGAGGCAGGAGGGCGAGGAGCUGAAAGCGUCGCACACGAGGCUCUUCCUGUCGGGCCGCAGCUCCUCUCUCCCCGAGACUCGCUCCGGGUGGCGGGAGACGCAGACCGACUGCUCCGGGGAGCUCGCCGGAGUCGGCAUAGGCAGUGGCGGCGGCGGCGGCGGCGGCAGUGCGCCCCCCUCGCUGCUGCUGCCGCCGCCGCCACCUUGCAAGCGUUGGAGGAGUCUGGACUUCUCCAUAGUGCCCGAGCUGGAAGAGGGCCCCUCGUCGUCAUCCGUCGACCGAGAGGUCGUGUUCGACGCUCUGCUCAAGGACAUCGUGGACCUGCAGGAGAAUGAAGCGGCGGCGGUGGAGGAGGAGGGGGUCGCGGGAAUCAUGUCGGCAGGAGGAGGAGGAGGAGGCGGGGGAGGGGAG